UGUCAUUUUCAAUUUGUCCGGAGCAGCGUUUUACUGGAAGGAGCCUUCAAAGUGGAGGAUGGCUUUUUACGCUCCCUGAGGUGACGAGCGGCCCCCCGCGUGCCUAAUGGCACACUGACAGUUGGUACUGAGCGUUUAAAGGAUAAGGAUGACUGCGGCGGCCGGCGUGCUAACAGGCUUAGCUAAGCUAAAGCGCCAGGACUCGGCCCGCUCUCAGCAACGGCCCGGGGCGGCGGCGGCCUCUGAGGCGCCUCCCAGACGCAGGAAGCGGCGCACUGAUGUGGUGGUGGUACGAGGUCGCCUCCGCCUCUACUCCGCCUCCGGGUUCUUCCUUCUCCUGGGCCUGCUCAUCUUGGCGAUAGGCAUCGGUAUGGCCACGCUGGGGUACUGGCCGCACCACUCCUCAGGCAAACCGCCCACUGGGGGAGCCUCUAAGACCACGGAGGGCGGAGGUCACAACUCGUCCUCCGCGGGGGGCGCUAACGAGACUAGGAUGCUGAUCAGCGAGGGGGCCGCGGCCAACUACAGCGCGGGCGCUAAUGUGCACGGCGGGGCCAAGCAGACGGGCGGGCGUCUGAUGCGCUUCCUGGAACAGAACCUGCACUCGGAGCGGAUGAAGAUGCUCGGGCCCUUCACCAUGGGCAUCGGGAUCUUCAUCUUCAUCUGCGCCAACGCCAUACUGCAUGAAAACAGGGACCGGGAGACGAAGAUAAUCCACAUGAGGGACAUGUACUCCACAGUCAUCGACAUCCAUCGGCUCAGGCAGAAGGAGCAGCGGCAGCACCAUCACCGCAACAGCACCUACGCGAGAGACGCCGCGGACCUGAGGGCCUUCGGGGGCGAGAGCGCCAUGCGACUGGCCAGCAACUCGCUCCUGGCGUUCUCCUCCCGGGCGUCCGGAGGGGGAGGGGGCUCCGCGGAGGAGGAGGAGGUGCUGCUGGGGGACGAGGAGCCCCGCGGGCGCAGGGAGCAGGCCAGGCUGGACUGCAGCUUCGCGGGGCUGCUGGCGCCGCUCUACAGGGACCGCUCCUUCUGCGGCCUGGUCCACUCGGACCCGGCGCGGCACCAGUGGUCGGCGGGCGGCGACGGGGAGAGGGGGGGCCACCACGCCCGCUCCAUCGUCUCCUCCUCCAUCUCGGCGUUCACGCUGCCCGUUAUAAAGCUCAACAACUGCGUGAUCGACGAGCCGGAGAUGGAGGCCAUCACCGAGGAGGACAGAGGGGACGAGCGGCGCGGCGAGAGGCCGCAGCCUCUGAGCUCCAUGGAGUCUCUGGCCGUCCCCGCGCCGACCGUCGCCAAGGCCUCGAAACCGCCGCCGGGCCUCCACCGGAGCAACUCGGCCUCCUCCUCCUCCUCGCACGGCUCGUCCGUCUCCUCCUCCUCCCUCUCCCCCGCCCCCUCGUCCACCUCCGGCUGCUGGCUCUCGCCGGGCGCGGCGCGGAGCGACUUCGGCUCCAACUCCUCGCUCCACAUGCUCGGCGGCCACUCCAAGUCGCUGGACCUGGAGCGCGGCGCCAGCAUGCUCAGCGUGCGCCCCGAGCAGCGGAAGCACCCCAGCUGGCCGCGCCUGGACCGCGGCGGCGCCAAGGGCUACAUGCGGCUGGAGGACCGGGAGGAGCAGGGCGAGCGGGCGCCGGACGCGGCCCCGGCGGCGGCGGCGUUGAGGCGCGACUUCAGCAAGCGCGAGAAGCUGCUCAUGAUAUCCAGGUCGCACAACAACCUGAGCUUCGAGCACGACGAGUUCAGCAGCAGCGCGCUGAAGAGAGGCAGCUCCGAGACUCGGUUCUGAGGUGCAGGGAAGUGCCUUUUUAAACCCAGAGCCAGAGUCGGGAGGAGCCUGACGGCCUCCAGAGACGUUUCUGGAGAGCAGCGAGCAAUGAGCGGAGGCCUCGCGUCGGCGCCGGGCCCAGAGGUACCUGAACAGUGGCCCCACCCUCACCACAGACGCCCGUGGAGGUGGGCGAGCGACAGGAGCUUCGCCGUUAGGGAUCAAGUCUAAAGGUCAUGUUUGUUGGCACCGGGCUCGACCCGAAUGCAUCACACACAAGCUGCAUACAGAACAGCUCUCACUCCCAGGAGCUGCUGCUGAAGGCAGGAACACAGCGGAGGUCCGCUCCUCCACAGGUAGCACCGUCAUGCAUGUUCAACAAAGGAAAGACUGGGGGAGGAGAUGAAGCCCAGAACAGAUGAAACACUGAUCCAGAACCAGCACGAGAAGAUAAAUGGAAACUUCAGGGCAAAGGGGGCAGAAAUCAAAGAUGGCUUUGUAUGUUUGUGUUUGUCUGGUCAUCACUGAAAGGAGCUCAAACCAGUUACGGUCACAGACAGCGACAUUCACUGGUCCCUUCAUUAGAUACAGGACGCCUGCACUACUUUGUCUAUUUCAGUAAAGGAGACGCUAACGGAGGAUUAGCCACUCAGGAGUCCCAGGGUUUGUGCAUUCUCACCAUUCAGUCUUGUCUGUUCGUGAAAUUUCUUCAGAGUGAUGGAAAGUACUCGAGUUUAGCCAUGUGUUCGACAGUUAGGCCUAAAAUACAGAACAGAUCAUUCUUAAAUCAGACAGAUGACGUUAACAAAGCAACCAGUGGCUUCUAUAAGAGACUAACGACAAAACUGUACUACUAUUAUCCGACUUAUCAUGGUUCUUAUAAUUAAAGAAGUCAGCGUUUACACAAAUACAUUAUCUUGUGCUGUGAUAAUGGUUUUGGCCACAGCUCAUUGUUUUAUGACGUCUCUCACGUUGCCUCUGGGUGCGAAUCUCCUCCAUGUAGUAAAGGCUGAGUUCAGGGGUGAACUGAAGAACGCAGUAACAAUGUUGGCGAUGCCUCCGUUUGGCUCUGUUCCAGGCUUGUUGCCGUCAAACUGAACUCGUGUGUUAAGGGAGCGCAGGAAAUAAACAGUAUUUUCAACUAAA